AAUGGUCAAAAACUUCCUGUUUUUGGUUUUGUGCGGUGCGACAUUAACUGCAGUUGUCGAAAGCCGUGGCGUUGUUGGCUGCUAUUACGAAAGUUGGGCAAUAAAGAGGGCAGGUAUUGGAAGCUUCGGAACAAAUGAUAUAGAUCCCUCCUUAUGUACUCAUAUCUACUACAGUUUCAUUGGAUUGAACAACGUUACUCAAGAUAUCGAAAUUUUAAAUCCUGAUGUUGACGUGAAUCGAGGGGGAUUCCGAAAUUUUACGAAUCUUAAAGCUCAGUACCCUGGAGUAAAAUUUUUAGUUGCUAUGGGCGGAAGGAAUCAAGAUUCUAAUGCGGUUUCAAUAUCGACUGGGAGUUUCCUGCUCGAACGCGUUCUACUUCUAGCGGCUUUCGAACCAUUGGGACUUUUAAUUACAGUAGUAGUACAACCAUCACCUUCUUACAUAGACGACGCUUACGACGUCCCGGCACUUUCAAAUGCAGUCGAUCUGAUCAAUUUCAUGUCUUACGACUUACAUGGAUCUUGGGAUGGCUCCACUGGAGUAAAUGCACCCCUCCACGAUCCUGUUGGAAGUAUCAGCGUAGAACUUCUCGUGAACAGUUGGCUUAAUGCUGGCGUUGAUCCUGAUAAACUGAUCGUGGGAAUUCCUUUUUAUGGAAAGCUGUACACUUUGAGUAAUUCAUCUGAUAAUUCGAUUGGAGCGCCUAUCUCCGGCCCAGGUAUUCCUGGCCCAUAUCUUCAAGAUCCAAGCAAUUUAGCUUAUUACGAGAUCCUAGAAAAGAUCCAGCAAGGAUGGGCUGAAGCAUAUGAUCAGAAUUACGAAUCCCCUUUUGCAUGUUCAGGGAACCAAUGGGUUGGUUACGACAACGUGAGAUCUAUUUCAGCUAAGGUAAAUUUCGUAUGUUCGAAAGGUCUUGGAGGAGUUAUGAAUUGGGCUAUUGAUGAAGACGAUUUUGGUGGUAACUUUGGGCCAAAGUAUCCUCUUCUUAGAACAACGAACGCAGUAAAAAGUUGUGGAAAUUAAAAAGUCUAAGUUAACACAACAUAUUUCAAUUUAAAUCCUGUCUCACCCUGGUUUACU